AUGAGCAGCGACUCAAAGAAUGAUAAGUGGAUCCAAAUCCCUGAUACAAAAACACCUUGCGUGAUUGAUCUUGGAAAAUAUGCUGUGGAUGACUACAACAAAGCACACAAAGAUAACCUUGUAUUCAAAAAGGUUAUAAUCGGAUGGUAUUUGGAGAUAGAUUAUGAUAAAACAAAGCUUCGUCUUAUUAUUGAAGUAGUAAACAGUAAGGGAGAAGUAAUAAUAUACGAAGUAGUGAUUGUGGUAGAUGAUAAAGAUGGAAAAAAAGUGAAGACACCCAUUUCAUUUAUUCCUGGGUAUAUAGAUGAGGUGGAUCCAUGGUUAUUUUGGUUUAGAAUUAUUGAUAUUAACGACCCUCAUGUGCAACAGAUCGCCAAGUUUGCAGUGGAAAAGCAUAACCAGGAUAAUAAUGACAGUCUUGUUUACAUUUCCACAAUUGUAUGCUGGUAUCGUUUGUUGAGUCCAAUUUUAAAACAAUAUAAAGUUUAUCUUAAGGCCAAGGAUUGCUUGGGACGUGUGCGGGAUUACGAAGCUUUGGUUGAAGAAGAGAAGAAACUGCCUAAUGCGAUUCUGAAACUUAUAUAUUUCAAAGUUAUACCAAAGAAAUGUUGA